CUAUACAGUAUCAUAUUACCACCUGUCUACGUAGCUUCUACACACCGCGGUCACAAACACAAAGAUUUGCUCUAGUAUUUAAAUAACAGGAAAUCAGAACAUUUUUUUCUGGAAUUAUGUUUGAUGUGGAUAAACACCCAUAACACAACGAUGAGAAUUGCAAAUUUGAGUUUUGUUUUAUUACUUCUGUGCACAUGUGCGGCUGUGAAUCUGCUGUUUUACACUUUGCAAAAUAUCCCAUUAGAAGAUAAUCAGACAGAACAGUUUAUUGUCCUCAAACCUGAGGAAGAAACAUCUAGUAGGACGUCACUGUCAGAUGAAGCAACUGUCCGGGGUAGAAUACAAGGAAUUUCACGCACAGAAAACCAGUUGAAAGGGACACGGACAAAAAGCUCAUUCAGAAAACCCAACAAUGUUAGCCAAGACAAAAAUGGUCCAAUCUUCAGUUUUACAGUGAACAAUUACACUGUCUGUGAACGGAAGCUCUUUAAUGAGACUGAACAAUGGAAUCUGAUUGUGAUUGUCGUUAGUAAAAUAGACAAUUUUAUACGAAGAAAUGCAAUUAGGAAUACGUGGGCAUCUGAACAACGAAAAAUGAACGUGUUAGUAUUAUUUCAUGUUGGUUUAAGUAAAGAUAUAAGUGUGAAUGAACAAGUGAGAAAAGAAGCGGAACUUUACAACGAUAUUAUCCAGGUUGAAUUAAUCGACGAUUAUAAAGUUUUAACUCUAAAAUCAAUAUCAAUGCUUCAGUGGCUAACUGAUUACUGUUCAAAUUCUAAAUUUUAUUUGAAGUCGGACGAUGACAUGUAUAUUAAUGUUCAAAACACCGUGCAAGAAUUCAUACAACGUCAAGAGGAGCGUUUCUUUCUCUGUCAUGUGUUUGAGAAAGCACCACCAAUUAGAGAUCAAUUUUCAAAAUGGUAUGUAUCGAAGGAUGAAUUUUCUGAUCAUUUUUAUCCGACCUAUUGUUCAGGUACAGCUUACGGAUUUUCAUCAUCUAUUUUAUCUGACUUAUACAGAUCGGCUGUGCACACAAAACUUUUUCGCAUGGAGGAUGUUUUCAUAAGCGGUAUUGUUGCGGAAAAUAUAAAUACACGUCAUAUACAUAGUUGGGGUUUUUCCUUUACAAAGAGGCAACCGACCGGAUGUGCAUUUCAAAAUGUCUCCAGUGGUCAUGAAGUCACAGUGAAACAAAUGUAUAUGAUAUAUGCUCAACUGAACAAUAAAGAAAUUGACUGUGAAACAAAACAAAAUGUGUACUUGUUAAAAGUCGAGCGUGAGGAUUGAUAAUUGCAACAAGUUACCAAAAGAAUCAACCACUAGUAGAAUCAAUGGUGGCUACAAUAAGCCAACGGUAGGAUCGAAGGUCACUGCAAUGACCCAACAACAGAAUCAGACAAAGGUUGCUACCGUUUAAUCAACGGUCGCUACAAUAAA